CGAUUUUGUAGGAAAUGUAGGCAUAGAAUACGGGCAUGCUUGCCGAGUUUUUUUCCACUGCCGGAGUUGUAGUUGCGGAUUUAAUUCAAAGCUUAGCUAGGUCUAGAAACCGGAAAUAAAAUUAUCUGUUAAAGAAGAAUUGAUCAACAGAGGAUUGAUGGAAAAAGAAGCGGAGGAAAAUGGUGACGGUGUCCCGUCCGGCGAUCCGCUUGUGGCGGACGAGAAUGCUGAGAAAGCAGAGCUGGAAGCGUUCGUUUCCAACCUGCAGGAACGCUACCAGCAAAAGGCACAGGAACGCCAACAGAACCAAUCACCCGAACGGCCAGCCGAGGAAGAUUUCUUCCGGUAUGAUUCGAGUCUGAAGAAGAACACGGCGUUUGUGAAGAGGCUGAAACAGUUCACCGCCCAGCAGCUACCAUCGCUGAUGCAGGACGUGUCCGGACUGAACCUGACCAAAUACAUCUCGGAGGUGAGUGCGGCACUGGUGGAGGCGAAACUCAAGAUGAGCGAUAUCGGUGCGGUGCUGACGCUAUGCAACCAUCUGCACCGGAACUAUGCCGACUUUGCGCCGACGUUGCUCGAGAACUGGCAGAAGCUGCUGCUGAUAAAACCGGGCGAGAAGGUUGCCAAUCCGAGCAAGAUGCGUGUCGAUUUACGCUUCUACGCGGAACUGAUCAGCGUGGGAAUUUUCCCGAACAAGACGGGACUGCCGCUGCUCGGAGCGUGCCUUACCGGGUUGAUAACGCAGGAUAAGGAGGAGCACGUAAAUCUAUCGAUCGUGCUCUCGUUCUGCAAGCACUGUGGCGACGAGUACGCGGGACUAGUGCCGGCGCGGAUCACCGAGCUGGCGAAGAAGCAUGGCGUUACCAUGCCGGUAUCACCACUGCUUUCCGCAGACCGGCAAAGCAACUUGCGAAAUCUGUUGCGCGAUUACUACCAAUCGCUGGCGGAGCAUCUACGGUCGGAGCACCGGCAGCUGCAGCUGGCCGAAAAAUCCCGUCGCAAGAUGCUACAAUCCAAAGGCGAAGUGACGGCCGAAAAGCGCGAACAGCUGGCCCAGCUGCAAGCAUCGUACGAAAAGUUGCACGCAUCCACCAGUGCGCUUGCGGACUUGCUCGGGGAGGCCGUACCGCAGCUGGAGGAGCUGCCGGAGGCGAGUGCAACGACCGAAGGUGCUAUACUGGAUGGGCGAGCCGGUGAGGAGCUACAGUUUGGCACGCUCGAUCCGUGGCGCGAUGAGGAAACGAAAUCUUUCUAUGUCGAUCUGCCCGAUUUGCGCCAGUUCCUGCCGAACUACUGCGACAAGAAGCAACCGGGUGGAGAGGGAGUCGGUUCGCAGAAUCCGCAGCAAAUGCAAGAGCUGCCCCAGCAGGACGAUGACGAGGAUAGUGAGGAAACCAUGGAACUGGUGCCGGAUAUGCUGGCCGGUCCGCCCAUCACGGAAGAAACGCUCGACAUGGAGUUGCCGGAGCUGGAUGGCGAUUUAAGCUAUUCCGAGUCUACAUCGUCCCUGCUGGACGAGGAAGAUGCGGCAGGUGCUGGGGCGGGUGCGGAUCAGCAGGAGGGUGCCGAAGGUGAGCUAUCGAAGGAGGGACCGAACGGAGGCAGUUUGAUCGUCGGCGGUGGUAACGGUACACCGAGCAAUCAAGGCAAUCGGCGCUACUUCGAACAGUUUGUACAGAAUCUGCAGAACUGCGUCAACCGUGAGCUAAUCGAUAAUGCGGCGAUCGAUUUCCUGCUCAAUCUGAACACCAAAAGCAAGCGCAAACGGUUGGUGAAGGUGCUGUUCGGCGUGCAGCGUACCCGGCUCGAUCUGUUACCGAUGUAUGCGCGGUUUGUCGCCAUCAUUGAUCUCGUAUCACCCGACGUAGCGCACGAACUGUGCCAGAUGCUGAAGAUCGAUUUCAAAUACCACCUAAAGAAGAAGGACCAGAUUAACAUCGAAACGAAGAUAAAGGUGGUACGGUACAUUGGUGAGCUGGUCAAGUUUGGCAUCUACAAGAAGCUGGAAGCGUUGUACUGUUUGCGCUGCUUGCUGCACAGCUUCCAGCAUCACAACGUGGAGAUGACGUGCGCGUUUCUGGAGGUGUGCGGCGUAUAUCUGUACAACUGCGCGGACAGUCGGAUGCGUACGAACGCAUUCCUGGAACAGAUGAUGCGCCUAAAGAUGAACACCACAAUGCUGGACCGGUACGUGCAGCAGGUGGAGAACGUUUACUAUCUGGUAAAGCGGCCGGAAGGGUUGAAGGUGACGCGCAAGGUACGUCCACUCAUCCAUACCUACAUCCGGCAGCUUAUUUUCAAAGAGCUCGACAAAGCGAACGUUGACAAGCUGAUACAGCUGCUGCGUCGGUUGAAUUGGGAGGACGAGGGCACGUUUAACUAUGCGGUGCGUUGCCUAUCGCGUGCGUACAACAUACGGUACCAUCUGAUCCGAAGCAUGGCCGACCUGCUGGCCGGCCUAAACUCGUACCAGGAGAAGGCGGUAAUCCGCGUGAUCGAUACGGUGCUGGAGGAUAUACGGGCGGGUUUGGAGAUACACGACAACAAGCUGGCACAGCGACGCGUGGCGAUGGUAAAAUAUCUAGGCGAGCUGUACAACUACCAGCUGGUCGAUUCGGACAACAUUAUUAACACGCUGUACUCGAUCAUCUCGUUCGGCGUGACCCUGUCGCACGAGGGGCCUCCGUCGAUCGUGGACCCACCCGAGUCACUGUUCCGGCUGAAGUUGGCCUGCGUGCUGCUGGAUACGUGCGGCCAUUACUUCAUGUCCGGCGAGAACCGUCGUCGGUUGGACUAUUUUCUGGUCUUCUUCCAACAGUACUAUUGGUACAAGAAAUCGCAUCCAUAUUUUGCGACCAGUGGCGGUGCCGGAGCCGGUGCCGCUGGCGAAGAAAAAGCCGCCCCGAGCGUGGUACCGAAGGUGAAGGAUCUGUUUCCGAUCCUGAUGGAUCACAUGUACCGGGAGUGUUUGAAGUGUUUACGGCCGAAGCUAAAGCUGUACACCAGCUUCGAGCAGGCAAGGGAAGCGGUCCAUUCGCUGCGGAAGAAGAUUUAUCCCGGCGAUCAGCUGGAACGAGUGAACCAGGAUGCCGAUCAGGCGAUUGGGCAGCAGCCAGCCAGUUUGCGCACGGUGAGUGAUGCACCGGAGUCAUCGGAUCACGAAGAUUCGGUACAAUCGGACGACUGUACGUCGGAUGCGGGUGACGAUAUAUCGGAAGGGUACGGUGGUACGAAGCGUCCCAAUGGUAAGCGGCAGCCGGUCGACGAUGAGGACGAUGGUACGCCCUCACCGAUGGACGGUGUCGAUCCCGAGCUCGAAGGUUACGACGAGGACGAUGAGGAGGAGGAGGAGGAGGAGGAUGAUAACGAGGAGGAGGACAGGGAGUAUUACGAUGACGAACGGGACGGUGUGCUGGAGGUGGAGAUGGUGGAACCACCGCGCCAGAAGCAACCGGAGGACCUAGAGUUCGAGCGUGAGUUUGAGCGGAUGUCGUCCGAGUACUGUCAGCAGCGGGCGAAAGACUCUGCCAAGGUGAAUCCCAAACACGUCCCAAUCCCGAUCACGUUUCGCAAUGAGACGAAGAAAACGUACGACCAGCUGCAGGAACCAACAAACGUUAAGGCCGACACCGUACCGUUCGCGCUGAUGAUACGCGGCAAGGGCAAACAGCAGCUGUACAAAACGUUCGAAGCACCGGAAGACAGCUCGCUGGCACAGUACAUACGCGAGCAGGAGCGAAAACUGCAGGAGGAAAAGGACAGUGUGAAACGGCUCACGCUGAACAUCUCCGAACGGCUCGAGGAGGAAGAUUACCAGGAGUCGCUGAAUCAAACGUCACGCACGGCGGAUCCGCUGCGGAUGCGACCACUCAAACCGGCCAAAUUUAAACACCCCAAGGGUGUACCCGACAUCGAUGCCAUCUUUCAUUGAGUGGGGCAUGAAUCGUGGGCAAAUUGCGGAGAACGUUCCUGCCAAAUGAGAAACGCGUCAACCCGCAGAUGAUGGUUUCGAAGUAAGCUGUAAUUGAGUGCUAUGGUCGCGCACCCGCCCCCCUUUAAAGCAUGAACUGAAUACGCUACUCGCUACUAGAUGGUGCCGGCUGGAGUUCGUACUGGCAUCACGUUUGGGGAACCAUCGUCAGUUAUAACAGAGCUUUCGAUUCGCACAAGACGCGCUCCGUAUUUGAGUUGGAUGUAGUUUAAACAAACCGUUGUUAUAAUUUAAAUACACGAAACGAUUAAUUUGAA